CGCAAUCUGAUCGCGCAUUGGCAAAGGCGGCAGUCUGAGCGGAUGUGACUUUCCGGAGAAGUUUCACAUUUAGGAUUUUUAUACAUUUAUAGAUUCGUAUAUAUGUUUAAUCAAAUAUCUCAGAGUUUGUCUUUUUUAAGCCCCACGAAAUGGAAGUUGAGUUUUGAGCGAUGUUACCUGAAGUGAAGAUUGAAGACGUGAUAGAAGAUGGACGACUACUGCUAUGCUAAGAUGGUGACGUCAUGUCAAAGAGAACAUGAAAGCCAAUCAGAAACUUCCAGCAAAUCACCAACGGAGAUAAAGACCAAAGAUGAAGCAGAUGUCCAGCAGCCCAUUGGUCAUCCAAAUGAACUUCCCACUCAAUUGGGUGGGAACUCCGCUUUGAAGCAAGAGACUCUACCCCACAUUAAAGAGGAAGAGGAGGAACUCGGGAUCACUCAGGAGGGAGAGUGUCUUCUCGGGCCGCCGGAAGCUGAUUUCAACAAGUUGCCACUGACUGUUGUCCCCUUGAAGACUGAAGAUGAUGAAGAGAAACCACUAGUAGACAACCUCUUAGCUCCACUAUCAGAUAGUGAGACUGACGAUGAGGUUGAAGUAACUUUGAGCAGCGAUACAGACUGUGAGGAUGAUAUGAGGACUCCCACUGACCAUCACUCUGAAUGCUCGAAACGGAAGAACAAUAUCAAAUGUUUAAGCUGCUCAGUUUGUGGUAAAAGCUUUACUAAGAUGAGCCAUUUGACUCAACACAUGAGAACGCACACAGGGGAAAAACCAUUUAAUUGCUCAGUUUGCGAUAAAAGCUUUGUUUCCAAAUCUGGUUUGACCAAACACAUAAUGAAACACACUGGACGUAAACAGUUUAGUUGCUCAGUAUGUGGUAAAAGCUUUUAUCAAAAGAGCAUUCUGACUGACCACAUGAGAACACAUUCAGGCGAAAAACCAUUUAACUGUUCGGUUUGUGGUAAACGGUUUACUGAGAAGAGCCACUUGAUCCAGCACAUGCGAACACAUACUGGAGAAAAACCAUUUAAUUGUUCAGUUUGCGGCAAGCGCUUUUCUCAAAAGAGGAAUAUGAUUGAGCACGUGAGAACACACACAGGAGAAAAACCCUUUCAUUGUUCAGAUUGCGGUAAAAGCUUUACUGAAAAGACCCAUUUGACUCAGCACAUGAGAACGCACACAGGUGAGAAACCAUUUAACUGUUCAGAUUGUGGUAAAAGAUUUUCUCAAAAGAGCAACUUGUCUCGACACGAGAACACACACAGGAGAAAAAACGUUUGAUCGUGCCGUUUGCGGAAAAAACUUUGUUCGAAAUGUGAUUGGACAAACCCAAGACCUCCUCAAAAAUGCAUUGCUGUUUUUUUCAUAAAAAUCUGACAUAUUCGUUCAAAGUGGGCACUAUCUGGUGCAUAAUCUUAAAUCAUAAACUUUUCAGUUUUGCUGAGCUGUUUAUGACUUCACGUGCGCUUUGCUUUGUUGCAGGAUAUUGCACAUGCCUGGCAAUCAAUCAAGUGAUUGAAGUGAGACUUUAACCUGAAAAUGCCGCCUUGCUGUGCUGUGGCAAGCAUAAAAAACGACAAAUAGGAAAACGUUCUUACAGCGUCUUGGAAGAAAUGGUUCAUAAAGGGAAUAAAGUUGAAGAAAUUAUGAAAGCGUGCGAAGAGAAAUGGCUCUCAAACGGUCACUUUCAUCUUGUAGAGCAGCCGGCACGUGCUCGUGUCUGCACUUUGUUUGAACAUUGGAUUUGUUUGAGAAACUUUCUGUGACGCAAACAUUGUUAACUAUAUAGUUGAAUAAAUAAUUAUAACUCA